UCGGCGAAAUCGCCCUUUCCUUGUUCUGGAACCGGGUGUCAUAUCGCGGUCAAUAUCUGAUGAAGCAACAAGAACCUCUUCUCAUCAUGACUUUUACUACUCAUGAAACAAAGACCUACCAGUAGUUUCUAGAGCAUGAUUCUGAUCAUCUCAACUCUCAUAUGCCUUGUAAUCUACAUACUUCAAUGCUCGCUCGAUCAUCCAGCGACGCCGGCGCGCGACUCCGACGUGCGAAGUCCACUCCAUCCACUCGCCGGAGCUUCCAGGACUCCCUAAUACAGUCGAAGUAUGAGGAUCCCGAAUCACGACAACAGCAUGCACUCGCAGCCGCUACCCGGGCCUUCGAGCGAGCGCAGGUGACCGAACGAGACACGUAUACGCCUCGAGCCGAUGUGGGUAAGAAGCGGACCCCGCAAAGACUUACCUUGAUGGAGCGGCAGCGGGAAAUGCAAAUGCGCCGGCAGACCGUCAAGAAGCACGAUCGGAGGCCGCUCGAGUUGAAGUCGUGGCAGUCGGCGAAUCCCUCUCUCGCAGCGUCGAAUCGACGUGAUCGUGAUGGGUACACUUGCGAUGGCGUUGGUGCGCGUUCGUCGCCCAUUAUCGCCAAGUCGUUGUCCCGGACACGGAGCUUACUGUCACGAAUGAGUCGCGCGGAUUUAGAGAGUGAAUCUCGAGCGAGCAACGUCACUGCCGCACUACGGCGAUCGAAGUCCCUUUCGAACGCGAAGGGAUGCAGUGUCUAUGGCAGUCAGACAGAGGACCAUUCAAAAGUCACCGCACCUCGCGCCGAUAACUCGCAAAACAAUUCGACUGAAGCCGCCGUCGAAGGCGCUGUUGUUUCUGAUGAGUUCGACGCUCAUGAAGCAAAUAUCUCCCCAGAAAGCGAGGAAUACUCCAAUUUCAUUGGCGCGAACGAUGUCAGCCCCAGUGCCGAGAACCACACGGAAUCUUGGUGGGCUGAGGAGACUCGACGGCGCCAACGUGUGGAGCAAACCCCUAACUCUUCUGGAGCCUAUCAAGCGGCCGAUAUGCCGGAUGCUUUGGAACAGCAGCAGUCCCAAUGCACCCCAAGCAAUAUCACGUUCUCACCCGCCUCCCCAGCAACAGGUUUUGGUUCGGAAGCCGCAUCGUCUUCCCUCUUUCAUUCCAAGGGCAAACGACUGUCAAUGACAUCUACCUUGAAGUCGAAAAUGAAACAGCUUUUUCGUAGAACUUCUCUGAUGUCGAUCGCGUCUUCUCCACCGACCCACCUACCUAUCCAACAAGCUACAGCGUCACGCACAUAUUUCGGAGACUUCGUGCAGACCACUACAUUCGGCGGCUCCCCUGUGUCUGGGCACGGAACGGGGUCGCUUUCUGACAUCGUAUCGCCCGCCGUCGAUGCCGCCAGCCGUCGGACCUCAAGGCAACCGAGCGAGACUUCCUUUACAUGGCAGACUGCUUGUCCGAGUUCCCCGUCAGUUCAUCGGAAGCUUUCAUCAACUUCGAGCGAGUUAUCCAACACUGGAGAAAAAUCGCGGGUGACUUCCUGGGCGGAUUCGACUUAUACUGCAAUCCCCACUGACAACUUGGGUGGCCGCGAUGCGCCAUUCCACUCGGGCAUGCAUGGGCCACUGUCCGUGAUCCCCGAAUCUCAUCCACCAAGCCAACCAUCUCAGUUAGGACGAAGUCUUUACAACACGUUGAUGUCAUUGACAAAGCACAAGGAGGCCAAGCGCCAGAACCAACAGCAACCCCCUGCUCCGGAAACACAUCCAGAGUGCGGCCAAGAAGGCUGCGCCUACGGCUCUCUCGGAAUCGCGCAUGAGCAUGUCAGGAGGAUCUCCUAUGAUGGAAAGGAGGAGGAUGUGGUUCUACCCAGCCAGAAGUCUAGGAAUUGCCAGUCACAGGAUGCAUCUUUGGCCUCAAGGUCGAGCCAAGUGACCAUUCGCGCCGUCCCUCCUGAGCUUGCGAUGAAUUUCUCAACGGCAUCUCUAGAAGGCCUGUAUCCUAAUGACGAGCAGGGUGACCUAGGAUUAGGCUAUGCCAAAGUUACCCCGGAGACAGAUGUCAAUGCGGACUCCAAACUGGAUGACGCGCUUGGUGAGGAACUCUCGACUAGUCGUCAAGUUGGUGGAGCGCCUCAGCAAGCAGAUCUUCCUACGACCAGCCUGAUUGCAUCCCGCGUUGAGAGGAACCGAAACAGAUGGCAGGCUCCAUUGGAAGAGGACCGCAGCUUCUUCUUUCCGCGAACCUCUCAUGGAAAUUUCCGCUCGAGCGUGGAAUGCCAGCUUGACCGAAUCAUUGAAGCGAAUCCACCGCCUUCCAUGGCCGCGCAGGAAGUGUCCCUGGAUUUGAGGAAUACGGUGAUGUCUCCAAGCGUCUACUCUCAAGACGGGAGGGACACUCCCUUGGGAGAUGGGGAUUCGGGAACUGCAGUAAUCAUGGAGAGUAGCCCAGUGAAGUCAUUUGCUCUCAGCUCCAGGACAUCACCGCAUAGGCGGACUCCUACUGAAGGUAGCCGGGACUGGAAAGCAUGGUUGUCCAAGGAAGUGGCCGACCUGGGCUCUAGCCCGAACGAAGGACUCUCGGUCGAAGAGUGGGAGCGAUACUCCCUGCCACCACGCGGAGCAGGUCACCGUCGGGAGCAUGCUGAAAUUGUUGAAGAGGAGCCAACCAUUCUUGACGACAUCACUUCGGGGGCUGAGACGCCAACAGACACGACUCAAGAUGAGAAGCAAGUCAGCAACUGGGAGUCCAUCAUUCGUGUCGAACGAAUUCGGCCCCGGUUGCAGGAGCGAUCUGCGAGCCGGACAAACGAAGGCUCUCCAAUGUUCGAGGCCGGACGGAAUAAUGGUGAACGAAGCUCCAAUUCUCCUCGGAUUCCCUCUCGGAGCCAGACGCCGAUGCUCACCGACCGCAGGACAGAUACGAGGAUCUUUUCCGGACGAGAUAAGGAGAAUGCACCUCCCAAUCGGCACCUCGCGCUUCCUCAAGCUGUGCCCGGCGUCAGACGUCCAAUGUCACUUCAGGCCCUUCGACCUCGGACUACGUCCAACGUAUACGAGGAAGAUGAGACACUAACACGGAUCCGCGCGGGACCAUACGCAUCUGCAUUGUCGCCCAAAGACGACAACGACUCACCGCACAGCGGACGCAAUGGAGCGAACUCUCCGGCGCAUACGCCGAGUUGGAUGGAGCGGACUAAGACCCCGAGCCGUCUUGGAAAGGAAAAUCAGCGGCGCGCGCCCAUUUCGUCGCCUCCCCUCGCGGAAUCAUCCACCCCGUCGACUGGUGGGCAGCGACUCGCGGAGAGGUUUUUGAAUGAGCGGCGGGAUAAGACGGGGGAGUCGAAGUGGAAGAGCGAGAGCCCUAUCUUUCUUUGAUGUGUCUACUAGGGAGAAGAACGAGGAUGCGCUUGGAUGCGCUUGGAUGCCCCGGUGUUCGGAAUGCUUGAUGACUGCCUCCGGGCAUGAAAGGGCUUGCACCUGCGAAGGCGAAUAGGCACCCAUUGGAUGCGACGAGGAGAUAUUGUUGAAUCCAGGUGUAUUAUAAAUCACUUUAGCGUAGUUACCCUAUUCGAUAUUCAUAGUUAUGAUUUUGG